AUGCCAUCACGAAGUCCACGUUCACGUAGUCGAAGUCCGUCAAAACGACAUAAAAGAAGUCAUAAACGUUCAAGAAAAUCUAGUGAUGAAAUUUCAUCACCAAUAAAUAAUAUUUCAAUAAAAAAAGAAGAAGGAUCAACUAAUGAAAAUAAUUCUAUUUAUAAACCACGACUUCCUUCUAUUAUGUUACCACCAUCAUUUUUAGCUAAAUUAGAUGUAAAAGAAGAUGAUAAAAAUGGAUCACCAACAGGAGAUCAAUCACCAGUUGAUUCACCAGGAAGUAAUACACAAGCCACAAAAAAACGUAAACGACGUUUUGGUGAUGAAACUGACCGAGUGUUUUUACCUAAUAUGCCGACAACAAUUUCAACGACUAAUAUGACAGAUCAUCAACAAAAAACUUAUAUUUUACAACUUCAAAUUGAAGAAUUAACACGACGUUUAAAAAUGAAUGAUUUAAAUAUUCGAACAGAUCCUGAAGCCAGGUCUCCAUCACCCGAACCAAUUUAUGAUCAACAAGGAAAAAGACAAAAUACACGAGAAGUUCGAGCAAGACGAAGAAUUGAAGAACAACGUCAUCACCUUGUUGCGGAAUUACUUGUACUUAAUCCUGAAUAUAAAGCACCAGCUGAUUAUAAACCUCAACAAGCAAAAUAUAUAGAUAAAGUAAUGAUUCCACAAGAAGAUCAUCCAGAAGUUAAUUUUGUUGGUUUAAUUAUUGGACCACGUGGUAAUACACUCAAAACAUUAGAAAAAGAAACCAAUGCAAAAAUCAUCAUUAGAGGCAAAGGAUCAAUCAAAGAUGGAAAAAUGGGUUUAGUCAAAUAUGGUCCAUUACCAGGUGAAGAUGAACCUUUACAUGCUUAUAUAACCGGUACUUCACCCGAAGUUGUAGCUAAAGCUGUAGAAAAGGUUAAUCAAAUAAUAAAUCAAGCUAUUGAAGAACCUGAAGGAAUGAAUGAAUUACGUAAACAACAAUUACGAGAAUUAGCAUUACUUCAUGGAACAUUACGUGAAAAUGAUUGUCUCAUUAAACUUAAAUUAAUGACUGAAGCUGAAAAAAUUAUUACAAAUACAAUAAUAUGUACAAUAUGUGGUGGAGCUGGACAUGUCCCAAGUGAUUGUAAAUUUCGUAAAAACUCGGAUGGUACUUAUGCAGAAUUAAAUCCUGAUGGAUCACUCAUGGUUAAUGGAGCAAAUAGAGUUGAACAACAAAAACUUGAUUGUGAAUAUCAAUCGUUAAUUAAUGAAUUAACGGGUAAAAAAGAUUCGGAUACAAAUACUUUAUCAUUAGAAGAUCGAAAAGGUUUAAUGAGUGGAUCAAGAACAACCGGACCAACAUUAGCGAUAACAGGUGGAGCUCCAGUAACAAAUAAUCCAGCCACUACUCUUCCAGCAACAUUCAAUACUUCUACUAAUCCUACUAAUAAUAAUGGAACAACGAAUACUACUACUAAUAAUAAUUAUAAUCCUCCAUCAUUGAUGUCUCUUAAUCCAAAUAAUGCAGCAACUACGCAACCACAACCAUCAUCAACUUAUUGGAGUAAUACAGGACCUCGUUAUAAUAAUAAUGAUGUAUUCGAUGGUCAUUAUCUUCUUCGACGAAAUAAUCGAAAUACUAAUUAUUCAGCAUAUAUUGAAGGUGAUUCAUAUCGUGCUCAACAUAUACCAGCUUUAAUGGAAAAUGGAGGACCAAACAGUAAUACAAAUCCAUCAACAUCAUGGCCAAAUCCUCAAAAUUCUCAACAACAACAACAACAACAACAACAACAACAACAACAACAACAACAGCAACAAUGGAAUCAAUGGAAUCAAUAUAAUGCUGCUAUGUAUUAUCAAAGUAUUUAUCAACAACAAUAUUAUCAAAAUAAUAAUCCUGGUUUUAUACCACCAUUACCAAAAACAGCUCCUCCACCACCGCCGCCACCACGUUAA